AUGGACAACAAGGCGAAUUUAGAGGCCCUUGAUUUGCUGUUACAAGAUAUUUGUGAAAAUACAACACUUUUUGGUGGUAAGCUUAUCAUUUUUAGCGGAGAUUUUAGACAGGUUCUACCAGCUGUACCUCAAAAGUCCUUAAGACAAGGUGUUGAAUCAAGCAUUGUCGCUUCAUAUAUCUGGCCAUCUCUGAAAAGAUUUAAAUUAACAGAAAAUCAGCGAGUUCGUGAAGAUCUUGCAUUCUGUUCGUUUUUGUUAUCUCUUGGCAACGGUGAAUUACAAACAAAUGAGUGUGGUUAUGUACAAUUGCCUGAUGGAAUGAUUCGACAUUUGGAUAUGGAAAAGGAUCCCAUUUUAGAGAUUAUAAAAGCAACAUUUCUAGAAGUUGAGAAAGCAACAAGUACAUCAGAUAUCUUUGCAGAUAGGGCAAUUUUAACUCCGAUGAAUGACGAUGUGGAUAUGGUGAAUUCAGUUUUGAUUGACCAGUUUCCAAGAGAAAAAGUGGUCUAUAAAAGUUUUGAUGUAUUGCUCAAUGAUACAUGCAGUAAAACUGUUUUUGGGCAUCGAGCAACUUUACGCCCUCCAGCAAAUAGUAGGUAUCCAUUUACUUUUGAAAGGAAAUAG